AUGUCCUCCACCACUCUUUUAACGGAGUACAGUUCGCCCUCACUAAGUCAUUGUCUAGGUUUUUGUAGCAGCCCUUGUGGAUGUAACUGUUUGGGAUUUAACAAUAACACGGAGAAAUGUCGCGUUCUGAAGUCAUGUGACACAGUGGACAUGACGAUCACUGAAGCUUUUUGGAGAUACUACAUUCCUACACAAGAUUUGCCUGGUGACUGUAAAACGCUGUAUGACAAAGGAUGCAGAACGUCUGGUGUGUACACUAUAUACCCCUGGGUGAGGUACAGUCCUGUGUGUCGGUCUACCAAUGUCUUCUGUGAUAUGGAGGCCGGAGGCUGGACGGCUAUCCAAAUGCGAAAAACUGGAUCAGUCAACUUUACCCGGAAUUGGAAUGAUUACAAGGUCGGAUUCGGAAAUCCAGAAACAGAUUACUGGAUUGGAAAUGACGCAAUUCACCAACUAACAAAAGAUCGUCCCUCUCUGAAUGUUUCCAUCACACUAAAUGACGUAACUACAAAAUAUCAGGUCUAUCACGAGUUCUCGGUAUCGGACGAGAAUGACAACUAUACGCUCUUCCUCGCUGGUCCAGUCACCGGAACUCUGAGUGACAAAAUGUUACAUACGGAUCGUCCAAUUGCUGGAAUGGCAUUCUCCACCCAUGACAGAGAUAAUGAUAGGAAGGGCGAGGGGUACAGCUGUGCCGUGAAAUUGGAGGGAGGUUGGUGGUUCAAUAACUGCCACCAGGCCUUCCUUAACGGGCCCUGGGCCCCCGGGAUUUGGCGGGAACCCUGGUCACCGGUUCUGUGGUAUGGAUCGGCUAUCACCGAGACUAGAAUGAUGAUUAGACCGCGCUAA